CUCUCUCUCUCGCCCGCGCUUCUUAAAGUAAACUGAGAGACCACAUUUUUUCUCUAUAAAAACUUACGUUCUUUCUCCCUAAAAUCUCUCUCAUCUUCUAUUAACUUCUCUACCGCCGUACGGGAAAGGAUUUAUAGGAGUUCAAGCGAUUACAGAGAGACUGUUCGGGGCUCUCUUUUGCAUUCGUUUCAGUGCUUCCAUGGUUUUCGUUUUUUGAAUUUAAUAGAAAGAGAGUGUUGGUCUGAGGUUGUUUCGUCUGAUUGUUGACCGGAGACGUCGAAUCGACUGGGAAACUUUCAGUUCUGGAGUGAAAAAUUCUGUAGAGGACUGGAAGUUGGGGUCUGGGUUUGGUGGAAUGGAUCUCGAAUCUGCUUCUCAGAGUCGGGAAUCUAUUUUGACAGCGUACAAGACAACACUUUUUCUGGCCUACCAGAGUUUUGGGGUCGUGUAUGGCGACCUGAGCACAUCCCCCAUCUAUGUCUACAAAAGCACUUUCUCAGGGAGGUUGCGCCUUCACGAGGAUGAUGACGAAAUUUUUGGGGUACUUUCUUUAGUUUUCUGGACUUUGACUCUGAUCCCUCUAUGCAAGUACAUUAUAUUUGUAUUAGGAGCAGAUGACAAUGGUGAAGGUGGAACGUUUGCAUUAUAUUCACUACUGUGUCGGCAUUCAAAGAUGGGUCUUUUAAACACAUUAUAUGCUGCAAAUGAUCAUCCAUCAGCUUAUGAUCUGGAAUCUCCUCAUAAGGAGACACGGACCAGUUCAGUUUUAAAGGAGUUCUUUGAGAAGCAUCGCAGUUCUCGGAUUGUCUUGCUGCUGGUUGUUCUUCUAGGAACUAGUAUGGUCAUCGGUGAUGGUGUCCUGACCCCAACAAUGUCUGUCCUUUCUGCAGUCUAUGGCAUCAAAGUUAAGGUUCCACAUUUACAUGAGAAUUAUACUGUACUCAUUUCCUGUAUUAUAUUGGUGGGACUCUUCGCUCUUCAGCAUUAUGGGACUCGCAAGGUUGGAGUUACCUUCGCUCCAAUAUUGAUAGCUUGGCUCCUAUGCAUUAGUGGGGUGGGCAUUUACAAUAUAAUCAAAUGGAAUCCUCGAGUUAUCAGUGCUCUGUCACCAUAUCAUGCAUUCAACUUUUUUAGCAAGGCUGGAAAAGAUGGAUGGAGUUCACUUGGAGGCAUUGUUCUAUGCAUUACAGGGGCGGAGGCUAUGUUUGCUGAUCUUGGCCAUUUCUCCCAUCUUUCUAUAAGGAUUGCAUUUACAUUGGUUGWUUAUCCUUGCUUAAUUUUGGCAUACAUGGGGGAAGCUGCUUAUCUCUCCAAGCACAAAGAUGACCUUCAAAGGAGCUUCUACAAGGCCAUCCCAGAGGGCAUAUUUUGGCCUGUAUUUAUAAUAGCCACUCUUGCUACUGUUGUGGGAAGUCAGGCUAUAAUUUCAGCUACUUUCUCAAUUAUCAGUCAGUGUAGGGCACUGAAGUGCUUCCCCCGUGUGAAGAUAAUACACACAUCAAGCAAGAUCCAUGGUCAGAUUUACAUACCAGAGGUGAACUGGAUUUUGAUGGUCUUGUGCCUUGCUGUUGUUAUUGGCUUUAGAGACACAGACAUGAUUGGCAAUGCAUAUGGUCUUGCUGUGAUCACUGUAAUGUUUGUUACCACGUGCUUGAUGUUUCUUGUUAUUGUCAUGGUAUGGAGGCGCACUGUUCUGCUGGCAGCUGUAUUUGUGAUUGUUUUUGGAUCCUUAGAGCUGCUCUACUUAUCUGCGUGCCUUGCCAAAGUUCACAACGGAGGCUGGCUCCCUCUAGUCCUCUCUUUGGUUAUUUUAUCUGUCAUGUCUAUCUGGCAUUAUGGGACUUUGAAGAAAAAUGGCUUUGAGUUGCAGAACAAGGUCUGCUUGGAGAGGCUUCUAUGUCUUGGACCAAGCCUGGGUAUAAGUAGAGUCCCAGGAAUUGGUCUAAUAUACUCCAAUGUGGUCUCUGGGGUUCCACCCAUGUUUGCACACUUCAUUACAAAUUUUCCUGCUUUUCAUCAGAUGCUAAUCUUUGUUACCAUUGAGUCUCUGACAAUUCCAAAGGUUCCUCCCAGUGAACGCUAUCUCGUCAGCCGUAUUGGCCCACAGGAAUUCUGCCUAUUUCGAUGUAUUGUUAGGUAUGGGUACAAGGAUUUCAGAAGGGAUAGCUAUGAUUUUGAGAAUCAGCUCAUUGCAAAGGUGGCAGAGUUCUUGCAACAUGAGAUUAAUAAUGAUGUCAAAUCUGGAGGAGAAAUGGUGUCAGCUGGAAAGCAGUCAAGCUCAUUAUUGGAUGCAGUGGUAGACGGACUCGAAUGUGGAGCUGGGAGAAGGAAAAAAGUGGGAUUUCGAGGGGUUGGACUGAGGGAAGAGGUGAAGAAAUUGGCCGAGGCUAGGGAAUCUGGAGUGGCAUACAUGAUGGGCCACACAUGUGUUGUGGCUAGUGAAUCAUCGUCACUAGUGAAAAAGUUUGCAAUUGAUGUUGUCUAUGGGUUCUUGAGGCGGAACUGCCGGCGCCCAGCAGUAGCUCUUGGUAUCCCACACACGUCAUUGAUCGAAGUGGGUAUGGUUUAUCAUGUGUGAUGCAGUUUGGUCAUUAGAUGUUGGAUUAUCCAGAUACCAUCAGAAGGUUAGGAUUAUUAUUGCACUGAAUCAUGGAGGGGUAAAGAGAAGUCAGCAGUUUGUGAUCACUUGUGAAGGCUAAAUUUACCCUGUCAGCGCCGUUUCCUAAUAACAGUAAAUGAUUCCAGGCAACUCUUGUUAAUUUAGGUGGCGAGUUGGGUUGCAGUCGAAGGCCAGAAAUAACUAACACGUAUGGAAGGACAAGAAAAACCGCUUGCUUUUAGCUCAAAAUGAUUAUGUAGAUGAGACUGAGUUUACUCUUCUUGACAGUAGAUGGGCUUCAGUCUACUGCUGAAGGAUGGUUAGGGUUGAAGGAUACAGAAUCAUGAAGUAGCAUUAGCACCUGGGUUAUGUAUCUACUUUUCUGCAGCACGAUACAUACCCUCUUCUCCCCAGAAAACUUGUUCUUUUCAUAAAAUUUCCCUUUUCUUGUACAGUUAAUGGAAAAAUGAAUUGAUUACCACACUUCUCAUAUUACUAAAAAUAUUGUAAGAUUUAUCCUUUUCUUCAACAGGGACUGAUGAGAUUGAUCC